UCGCAUCGCAGUUUACUUCUAAAAUUCAUUCUUAGCUGUUAUUUCACUAGAAACACAUUUCUCACUUGAGCCACAAACCAAAACUAAAAUUUUCUUUUCAAAAUGUAUGCGGGACGUUUCGUCACACGCACGCUGCCGCGGUGCACGCCCUACUUAAAUCACAUGCUUAGCUGCCAAAAGCCAGUGAUGAGGGCCAGACUGAUACCGAUGCUGAACACAUUUCGCUAUCUGUGCGCCAAGCCGCCGCCGCCACCGCCGCCGUCAGCUGCAGGCGGUGGAAGCGGAGCCGGAGCAGCAGUCGUUGAGUUGCCGCCGACGGGCAUUAUCCUGAAGAUAAUUAAGGCCAGGAUUGCGCCAGAGCUUGGCUACGAUGAUCGCAAUAUGCGACUGGGACGCAUACUCUCGCCCGCUCUGUCGAUCUACAAGAAACAGCUGACAUCGGUGCUCUCCAUCCUGCUGCGCAUGUCCGGCUUUGCCAUGACGCUGGCCGUUUGGGCACUGGGUCUCACCGGUUUGUUCUCCAAGCGCAGCCUUGCCGAGUGGGCGGAGGAGGUGAAGAAGUGCGAGUGCAGUCCGAACAUUGUGAGUGGCGUCAAGUUCGUGAUGAUCUUUCCGUUCGCCUAUCAUGUGGUCGCUGGCACGCGUCAUUUGAUCUGGCAUCUGGAUAUGUUCCUCACCAAGCCGGCGAUCUAUGCCACUGGCUAUGCGGCUGUGCUGUUGACCUUUGUCCUGGCUGCAGGCAUGACCCUGCUAAAUACCGGUGAGCAGACCCAAAAGGAUGUUGUCGACUUGACUGAGGCGGACAAGAAGAAUAAGAAGGCGGCUGCCGAAAAGCAGGCAACGGCAGAGGCCAAGGAAAAGGAUGAAAAGAAAGCACAGGAGAAAUCCAAGGCCAAGAAGCAAGCCCAGGCAAAGGAAGCUGAGGGCAAGGCCAAGGAACCACCAAAGUAGAUUUUCUUUUCCUUUUUUUUUUUUUGGGGUUGUUUUUGGAGCCCGGAGAUACUUCAAGCAAGCAAAUCGAGGAAGUAUCUCAAUGGUUGUGUUUUAGGGCUUAAUUCGCAGAUUAAGCCCCCCCCCCCCAAAAAAAAUUAAUUUUAAUAAAAUGA